AUGGAUGACAAAAAAAACAAAAUGGACGCUUUGGUUGCCGCUGUUGUCGUCUUCCUGUGCAGUUUUGCCGUGGGUCACGCUGAAGGCGAGGAGGAGGCCGGGGUGGUAGGGAGCAGAAUAGUGGGAGGCUUCGAGGUGGUACGCAAUUCCCUGCCAUACCAAGCCUCCUUGCAGCAGAAUGGUGUUCACUACUGUGGUGGCACCCUCAUCAAUGCCAAGUGGGUCCUCACGGCGGCCCACUGUGAGAUUACGAACGUGCACAUCAUAGUCGUCUUGGGGGAACACUCCCUCGGCAAUGUGGAGGGCAAGGAACAGACGUUCGUGGUGGAGAGGGCCAUCCGGCACGCUGGCUACGAUUCUACCACUGUCGACAACGACAUCAUGCUUUUGAAGCUGCCGAGAGCGGCCGUGCUGAAUGCCGCCGUACAGCCUAUGCAGCUGCCCCGAGCAGGCGCUCGCUUGGAGGACGAGACCUCGUGCCUCGCGUCGGGCUGGGGCACGGUGGGCAACGGCGUGAUGCCCGAUGCGCUGAGAGCGGUCUACCUGGACACGACGUCGCGCAGCUACUGCAACGAUGCCUACAGCGGCACCCUCACGGACAACAUGUUCUGUGCCAUCUAUGCGGCAGGAGGGAGAGAUGCCUGCCAGGGAGAUUCUGGCGGGCCUUUGAUCUGCAAUGGCGCAUUGAAUGGAAUAAUUUCCUGGGGCUAUGGUUGUGCGUAUCCCAAUUACCCCGGUGUCUACACUAAAGUGUCAAACUAUAUAACGUGGAUAGAGAAUACAAUUGCAAAUAAUAUGUAACAUUUUCGUAAAGCGACAUGCACAUUGACCUUCCACCUAGACCUGUUUUGUGAGGUGUGCCACUUGCCUGUAAUUCUGAGUCCUCCUUCACCCUUCUAUUGAUUGCUUUAAGGAUUCUACCAUUUAAUUGCAUGGCAUUUAACGCUAAAUUGUACUUCAUGUAGCCCUACCAUGCUUACAUGAGGUCCAACUAAGUAUAUAUAAAGUACUUU